AUGGUUGCAAGGAAGUAUAAUCGCACGAUACUGGCAAUACAGACGCUACAAAAUCAUGGGAUUUUCGGCAGCCGGGCACAGGCGAACUAUGCAGCGGGUAAUACUUUCAAAGACGCUCUCGCUCAUUAUCGAUUGACUCGCGGGCAAAAGGCCGUGUCUAUUGACCUAGGCCUGAUGGUGACUGAAGGUGUAGUUGCGGAGAGCGAAUUCCUUCUUGAGUCCAUGCGUCGCCUUGGUCAUUUGAUGGAGAUCGCGCAAGAUGAGCUCAUCGCGCUGUUGGACUAUUAUUGUAAUCCCGAUCUCCCUCUACUUUCUCAGGACGCCGGGCAAGUCAUCGUUGGGAUCGAGAUGCCAUCAAAAGUGAUAGCGAAAGGGGUAGACCUGCACCAUUCGAUCCGCCGGCCGAUAUUCAGUCAUUUAUUCAGAAUGGAUACCCAGGAAGCCUCGAAGCUGCACAAGGUCCAGGCAGGUGCGGCAAAUGUUAAUCGCUCUUCAAGGCUCAAAAAUGCUACGUCACACAAUGAGGCAACUGAGCUUGUCACUGAAUGGCUUUCAGCCAAAGUUGGUCACGUCUUGGGGAUGUCACCGUCAGAUAUUGAGCCGGGUAAGCCAAUCCAGGCUUAUGGGAUUGACUCGCUUGUGGCUAUCGACUUGAAGAACUGGUUCGAGACGGAAAUCGGGGCAUCGAUGACAGUAUUUGAUGUAAUGAGUAACACGCCUUUGGGACGGUUGAGUGCGAUGGCGGCUGAAAAGAGCCGCUAUCGUCGCUAG